AUGAGUUCAUAUCCUACUAAAUCGUCUAAAUUGAGCUUCAAAGGAGAAAAAAAAAAACGAAAAAAGAGGUCUUCUGCGACGACCGGUGAAAUAGUCACCGAAACUACAAAUGAAAUAGAAAAUGUUGAUGAUGAAGAAACAAGUUGGAUACGUUUGACUUCGUUAGAAGAUAUCAAUGGACCUCUAUUUCUGACAUUUCCAUCUUCUCCUCCUAUAGCACUUUCAUGUGAUGCCUCUGGAAAAGUUUUUGGAAUGCCUCUGGAUACUUCAGAUAACUUAAAUACUGUUGAACCAGAUGAUGUUCGUCAAGUGUGGGUGGCUACUACCAUUUCAGAUACAGGAAAAUAUAGUUUUAAAUCAUCCACUGGCAAAUAUUUAUCCUGUGACAAAUAUGGCUUUCUUUCUGCAAAACAGGAUGCACUUGGUUAUGUUGAACAAUUUGAAUGUUAUCUUAGAGAAGACGGUCUUGCGAUUCAAAGUGUUUAUGAAAAAUUUCUUAGUGUCCGUGAAUUAGAAGAGGGUAUAGAGAUUCGAGGCGAUGCUGAAACUAUUGGUUUUUGUGAAUGUUUCCGUGCAAAAAUACAAGGAUGUCGUAAAAAGCGAAAAAUUGAAACAAAAGAAAUUGUUGUAAAUAAAAUCCGAAGCAAAGAACUUGAAUCAAUGGCUGGACGGAAAUUAACUCAAGAAGAAAUUGCACAGUUAAAAGCUGCUUUUAAAGAAGGUACUUUAAAUGAGGCAUUACUUGAUGUAUAUAUCAAAAAAUGUAUAAUAUUGAAUUUAACGAAAUCCUAG